AUGUCGCUCUCUCAUGGACGUUACAGUCUUCUCUGGUUGUAUAAACUCAACGCUCGCUGCUGGUGCUGUUUCUGGGUAACGUUACCGCUCGUCCUGCUGCGGUGGCCGGGGCUUCUGGUCGCCGCGGAGCAGGUCGCUCUGGUGGAGGUUUUCCUGGAGCGGCCCGGCGUCAGCGCUCUGCUCCAGGGGGAGGUGGUGGAGUCCGGCAGGGGUAGCAGGAGCUCCGAGCACCGGGACGAAGAGCUGGAGGGAGAGCUGGUCCUGGUCCAGAAUGAGGAGAAGCAGGUGAGCGCAGGAAAAGGCGAGGACGACACCAAAGAGCAGGAGCCGUGGAUAGGAGUGGUGCCUGUGGAGAUGGAUGACAGCAAAGCCUCCACCGGAAACCAGGAGUCCUUUACUGAUGCUAUGGUCAAUAAGAUGAAGCGAGCAUUGGUCCUUGGAGCAUCUGCACUGAUCAUUCUAGCUCUCAACCAAAACACUGUCAGUGAGAUGGAUCUGUCUCAGGUGCUGUCCAAGCCCAUUAUUGUGAUCCAGACGUCUGAAAAUGUCACCAAGCUGAUCGGAGCUCUGCUCAGGGGUCUUCAAGCGACAGCAAAAAUCACAUACAAGACGAUCCUGCAGGACAACCUGGGAGCCACGCUCACGCUGUGGUCAAGCUGUGGUCGAUCGAGAGGAGGUCGCUACGGAGAGUGGCAGGGGGUCAUCUGCACGGGAGAGACCAACUCUCAGGUCCAGAAGUACCUGCAGCAGCUGUGGGACACUGUCCUCCUGGUGGCUCUGAUCCUCAGCACCGGAGUCAUCGUUCAGGCUCGCUGGCAGUACCAGGACCACCAGCUGAACGACGACUUGGAGCUCUUUCCAAAACAGGAUGUCCUGAAGAGAAUGUCCUCCCUGAAGACCAAAACGUAUCGUCAGCCCAAACCGUGGUGUGACCCGUCCCAGCCGGCGGAGACGGACAACUGUGCAGUCUGCCUGGAGCCAUUCAACAACAACCAGUGUCUACGUGUGCUGCCGUGCCUCCACGAGUACCACAGAGAGUGUGUCGACCCCUGGCUGCUGCUGCAUCACACCUGUCCUCUGUGCAAACGCAGCAUCCUCGGUAGCGUCUGCAGAGACAGUUAACGGCUGCCUGGCCUCCCCCCCCUCCGCCGCAGCUCUGGGAAUCAAGUCUCAUCUCUUCCUCACUGACAAUCCAGCUGUUUUUUAUUCUGACCUCGCUGCUUCCUUCUUCCAGCAGUGGAUUGUGGGAGCAAACAAACUCAUCACAGCAGCUGGCCGGCCACCUGGACUGUGGAGGGGUCAGAUUUUGACAUCUGACCUUCGGAAGGUCUGUGUGAAGAAGUCAAAAACAUCAGAAGGUCAUCUCAUUCAUCAUGAAAUAAACCUGUCCUCAUACAUACUUACCUCUGACGUACGGCUGCACUGGCUCUAUGCGAAGGCUGGACAACAGUGGUGCGAACUGGGUGGAUGACAUCACAUGCAUGCACUUGAACGUUGCAUGCAGGCGGCUUUCACACAACCUACUCAUACAGGAUGAGUAGUAAGAGCAACGCAGUCUGCCACUGAUGUCCAGACGUGAUCACCAGGUCAGUUAAUUGUUCUUCCAGCUACAGAAGGAACCACAACUUCUCCCAAACUCUGGAUGUUGCUUCCUUUUAUUCCUAUUUUCUCUUUUUGAUGAUGUCAAAGAAACUUAAUUCGAUCACUCUGGAUUGUAAUAAUAAAGGAUUUGUUACUUGGCA